AUGGCAACCAUCCACGGCAUUUGCCGCCCCAAGUUCGAGGGUGUCCGAUCUAUCCUCGAGAACAACAUCAAGUCCGGCGAGGAGCUUGGCGCUUCCAUCACCAUCAACAUUGACGAUGAAGUGGUCGUGGAUAUGUGGGGUGGAUACAAAGAUCAAGAGCACAAGGAACCUUGGGAUGAAAAUACUAUUGUCAAUGUGUUUUCGAGCACAAAGACAGUCACCAGUCUUGCAGUUCUUAUCCUUGUUGAUCGAGGAUUGAUCGAUGUUCACGAACGAGUUUCUAAAUACUGGCCCGAAUUUGGCCAGAACGGCAAGGAAGACGUUCUUGUCCGUCACAUACUCUCCUACGCUUCUGGUGUGUCAGGCUGGGAAGAGCCUCUUUCAAUCGAAGAUGCGUACGACUUGGAGAAAAGCACAGCGAUGCUAGCACGCCAAGCUCCGUGGUGGACACCGGGUACAGCUUCUGGGUAUCAUGCUUUGACUUAUGGGCAUCUUCUUGGAGAGCUCGUUCGAAGAGUAUCUGGCAAAUCUCUGCGCGAAUUUGUUGCUACUGAGAUCUCAGGUCCUUUGGAUGCUGACUUCCAGAUCGGUGCCUCGAAGGAUACCUGGGAUCGGGUUACCCCCAUCAUCCCUCCAGACGCUUCAGGCAUCUCGAUGGAUUUUGAGCCUGGGUCCGUGCAAGCGAGAACAUUGCUCAACCCACCUACCGAUCCCAACUCGGCAAACACUGAAGCUUGGAGAAAUGCAGAAAUAGGCGCUGCCAAUGGUCAUGGCAACUCACGAUCACUCGCUCGUAUCCUGUCUGCUAUUACUCUGGGAGGUGAAACUGGAGGAAAGCGUAUCUUGAAGGAGGAGACUGUCAAUUUGAUCUUUGAAGAACAGCAAUCUGGAAUUGACUUGGUUCUGAAAAUGCCUUUUAGAGUUGGAAUGGGGUUUGGUCUGACGCCUUGUGUUGCACUGGAUUGGCUCCCAGAAGGCAAGGUGUGCUUUUGGGGCGGCUGGGGCGGUUCUUUCAUUAUCAUGGAUCUUGACAGACGUAUGACUAUAUCUUAUACCAUGAACAAGAUGGGUAAUGGUCUUGUGAGCAGUGACAAGGCUGCGGUUUAUGGAAAGGCUAUUUAUGAUGCAGUUAGGUAG